AGUGUAGUUGUUUUGUGUGUAAAAUUGUAAUCGUAUCAUCGUCUUCUUCGUCGCGAGAGUUUCAGUUUCAGUCUCAGCCACAAAGUAAACUCCACUGUCGUCUUCCGUAGUGAUGCUUCUUUCUGCAAUCGCUUCUCAGACCCUUCUCUCAUCAAACCCUAAUCUACACUUUUCCAAUUCUAUUCCAAACCCUAGACCUUCUAAUUCCUCCCUUAAGCUCCUCAAUGCCUCUUCCUCUUCUUCGUCCUCGUCCUCGUCUUCUAUAUUUACACGCGGUCUCCGUUACGUGAACCACACUGUAUCCAAUGAAGAAUCAGAACCCGGAGGAGGAGAGACCAUGGUGGCUUCUGCUUCUGCAAUUGCUUCCGCGAUUCGUGGAGCUUCAACGACUCCUGUAGAGUUCACACAGAUGAUUGAGAAAGACCAUCUCAAGACGAAGAUUAUCUUGCCAAGUCCUGAUUUUCAACGUCUUUGUCUCGAGCAAUUAGAUCUCUUUCGUCAAAUCGUUGAUCCAAACGCAGUCCUCUCGAUAUAUGUAAGACCAGCUGGUAGCUAUGUGAUGGAUCGAUUAGAGCUGCGUCGUGUCACUUGUUAUCCAAGUGUUAAUGCUGGAGACGUUGUGAUCUUAGUUGGAAACUUUGGUAUCCCCGCGGGUCUACGAGCAGCUGAAGCAUCACUUUCUAGUCAACAAGUAGAACUUGUGAAUAAACAUAGAGCUGCUGUGUUUCCAAUGGUGAAACAUCCGUUUGUUGUCGGUUUCUUGGUUGCUGAGUUACCGGAAGCUUAUGCUUUGCCUGCUUCAGCUAAUACAAAAUCACCUAAAGUUAAACGUCCUUCUGUUAAAGUUUUCACUGCAGAGCAGAGAUCUUAUGCUAUUAAUAUUUCGCGGACUCUUGCUAUGGCGUAUGUCAUGGAUCAGAAAACGAUGUUACUUCAACAGUCGUCUUGGCAAAACAAUGUGAGGAUGAGUAAGCUAGUGGAGCAGAUCCGUGGUCCGCUCUCUACCAUGAGGACUUUAAGUAAAAUGCUUUCAACUCACACUAAGAGAAAUCAGAUUUCACAUGAUAUUGUCGAAGACUUAAUAGUUCAAGGCGAUCAAAUAAAAGAUACCCUUGAAGAACUUCAGGAUGCAGUUCACUUGACAAAGGCUAAUAUAGUCCGCCAUAAUGAAGAAGCCCUAAAGAAGAUAAACAAAACACAUAAUGAAACAAGGAGAUCAAACUAUGAACAUAAGGACCCCAUUGAUGGGUCAAAAAUCCCAAGUACACCCCUUUCCUUGGGUUCUGGAUCAGAUGAUUCAGAAAUGCCUAUGCCACCUCUGGCCCUGGCACCCUUACAAACACACAACAUAAGACCAUGCGACAUUUCUAGUGUGCUAUUAGAUAUGGUCGAGACUGUGAGACCACUUGCCCUUACUCAGCAAAGAGUGGUGGAGCUAGGUGAGAACUCAGCUUCCCUGCAAGUUGCUGUUGAAGAACCGGCUUUGAGGCAGGCUCUGAGCAACCUCAUUGAAGGUGCACUGUUGCGCACUCAUGUUGGGGGAAAAGUUGAAAUUUUAUCGACCAGAGCUCCUGCUGGCGGUAGUCUGGUAGUAAUUGAUGACGAUGGUCCUGAUAUGCGCUAUAUGACGCAAAUGCAUUCGCUAACACCAUUUGGAGCAGAACUCCUGUCGGAAAACAUGGUUGAAGACAAUAUGACAUGGAACUUUGUGGCUGGUUUAACCGUAGCCCGAGAGAUCCUGGAGAGUUACGGAUGUGUGAUCAGGGUUAUAUCACCUCGCACCUCCGAUGCAGCCUUAGGAGCUGGCGGUACUCGUGUAGAGAUCUGGCUCCCUCCCUUCCCUGCAGCAGUAUCAGAAGCCAAUGAAGCAUAGGUUUCAUUUUUCUCUCUUUGUGAAUCUUUUAGUCUUGAGUCCGAUUUGUGGUGAAGCCAAUGUAUAGUCUAUUUUGUGAUUUGUUGAUCAAUGUGUAAUAACAACAUAAUAUGUACAUAACCCAAAGAGUUCAUGUCUACAUAGGUGGACUAUGUAACGUAAAUAUAUAGUUGUAUUCUUA